AUGGCAAGCGACUCACAUAUUUUUGAAACUCUAACCAAAUUGGAUAAUUUGUCUUCAGCCUUCCGGACUGUCACCAAUGCUCAUCACCAUUCGAAUGAUUCUUCCCUCCUCCUCGAUUCGGAGUCGCCAGCUGACGACCAAAUAAUUCGACGCAUCCAAUCAGCUGAUCAGCUUGUUGGGCUAUCGGACGUAAACCGAGCAAGCUCUCAACACAGACCCACAUCUCUAACUCUGUCUUCCAGUGGCAAAGGUUCCUCCACGUUUUCGUCACCUACUAGCGGUGAUGCCGAUGCACCAGAGAGUCCUCAGUACACAAAGUUCGGUGAAAGUCCAUUUAGAGAAUCAGUUGACCUGUCAGUAUCCGGUACGUCAGGCGACCCAUCGUCCCUGGAACAGAUGCUGUCUUCCAUUCCACGAAGAAGGGAGUUUGCGGAGCAAUUUCUUGAUUUGGCUCAACUUCACCAGCAAGAGGAUGCACCACGCGCCAAAUGGGAUGAUGCUUCUCGACUCUUCCCUAAACAAUUCGGACUCUCUUCGUCUGUGGCAAUCAACAUAUGGAAGCAAGUGGACAGCGAUGGCGACCUAAUGCUAACCGAAGCCGAGUAUUGCCUAGCAGCUCAUCUGGCUGAAAAGUAUUCAUCAACUGGCUUCAGUCUGCUAGAAGGCAGUCCAGUUGGUGCGUUUCGAAGUGGCGGCGGCGGCGGCGGCGGCGGCAACGACUGUCGCCAAUUCUCGUCUGCGCCUUCCACACACCAACAACGACAACAUGACUUUGACGGUCUUCGUGACGAUGAAAGCCACGACUUCCUUCUUUCCCCUGUUUCUGUGAGUAUCGUCGCCACAGGCGAUUCACCACGAGUUGGUCGUGGCUCAGCGCUGAGCAGAUCCCCACCAGCCAGCACAUCGUCCUUUUCCAACACGCCUCACAAACGCAAAACCAACGUCUCCGAGGAUGAAACCUUUGAGUUCUCCGAAGACGAGGAGGCCGCAGAACCCAAGGCGGGCACUGACGAUGAUGACGACGUCGAUGCUGAUGAUGAUGACGGGGAUGAAACUGGUGUGAGGGCUUUGCUCCCUGUUCGACGCGUUCGCCUUCCCCUUGGGGGAGGUGAGUCUGCGGCCCUCUUGAGUCGCUCCUCAUCCGCUGUCUCCUCGUCCGCCGGAAGCAGCAACAGUUCCACUGCUGACCCCUCGGCAUCUUCAUCGGGUAGUUACGACUCCUCGUCGUCCCCCUUGUCCGCUGUUCAGCGAAACGAAAGCGUCUGCUCAGUGUCUGAAAGUUCAAAGUCACUUGAUCCGGUUGAGGUGCUGUGUAAGUUCACGCGCCGCAGCCCAGAGAGCAUCCUUUCUCUCCCAGCCCUGCGUCGGAAACGCCAAUUGGCCAGUUUGGUUCGCGCCGCUAAGUCCACCAAUUACACGCUGCUGCGGUUAAACAAUGAAUUGUCGGGUGAGUUGCAGGAACUCUGCGAUCAGCACACCAAUCUCAACGCACAGGUCAGACACCUUUCCCUACGAGCUAGCAUACCACCUCCAUGA